CAGAAGUAACUCAGCCAAAGAGGGGGAAGCUGCCUUGAUGUCGAUGAUGGGCUCGUGAUCCAAGAAGUGGAACUACCUUCUUUUCAUGGAUCAAACCUCUUUAUUUCCCAUUCCUCAGGUGCUGCCUGAUCUCCAUUUGAAACAAAUACAUUACUAUGGCUUCAUCUUCCAAGAAGAUUACCUACACAAGUGAUUUUAAGCUUAAAGUCUUGGAUUAUUAUUUCAAAAAUGGAGGUGAUGAGAACUUUGGACUUAAAAAAAAAACUGCAGGCCAUUUCAAUAUUGACAAGAAGACAAUUAACCGAAUGUUAAACAACCCUGACAUGGUGAAGCGGGCUAGAAAGCUUUUGACAAAGAAAGUCACUGGCAGUACCAAAGGAGCGGCUGCUGCUCGCCAUGGAGGUACUAAGGCUACUGCCAAAGGUGCUAAAGCUAGUGGCAGUAAACUUGGCACAUCGGGGGGCAAACUUGGCUCAUCGGGGGCCAAACUUGGCUCGUCGGGGGCCAAACUUGGCUCAUCAGGGACCAAACUUAGCUCAUCGGGCACCAAACUUGGCUCGUCGGGGGCAAAGCUUAACUCAUCCAGACCUGCCAUGUCUGGAGGCAAACUUGGCAGCGCUGGCACUUCAGGCAGAGUAGCAGGCUCUAGUUACGCUUGUGCCGCAAACACCAGCAGUAGCACUCUAAAAACACCUACCUCAUCUUCCAUCAGUACAAAACACAUGGGCGGUAGUGGCAGUAACCAAGGCAGCAGCGGCAAUGCAACAAAUGCUGCGACCAAGUCCAACUCCUCCAAGAUAAAAUAUAUGGGUCAGGAAGGCAGUGGAGUUCAAGUUUUUGAUCUGCCAGAAGACCCUGACUACUCUCUUCUAAAGCGCUCAAUCAAUGCCUCUGCUAAUGGAGUUGCAAAUAUUGCUAGAUUACUUGUUACUGCAACAGAAGAGGUCCGCAAAAUCAUCCUUAAUGAAUGUGACAUGAUAAUAGAGUGCAAAGUUUGCCACAAUCUUUUCCGUUCAGUGGUCAACUUUUUAGCACAUAAGAGAAUAUACUGCCAAGAAGAGUUUGCUGAUGUUAGAACACUGUUUCACAAAGAUGAUGUACAAGGCAUCACAAGUCAUUCCAAUACAGUGUUUGUGGAACCCGAGCCACCCCCUGAUGUGCACCCUUCCACCUCCUCUGCACCGGACUUACUGAGCAAACCUGCUAGGAGUGCCAUGCAAGGAAUGUCAAGGCAUACAGGAAUUGAUUCAAUAGCUGCCAAAUUGUCCAACAGAAGAAAGCAGCGAGCUGAAUCACAUGACACUGGCACAGCAUCGUCCAAAUAUUAUGAGCGCUUGGGUCUUGUAAAUAUGACACGAGAUAAGCUAAGUCGCGAUUGUUCUGUGGUGCUGGAAGACAUAGGAGGUGUUGCAAAUGCAAGAUACCAAACUUUUUUGCCACCAAGUAGUUCUAACAGUGUGUCCAUGAAUACCAUCCUUAGUGAGGUUUCUGAGCGUUCAUCUGGGCUAACUGUAGCCAUCAAUGAGCAUGGAGAGAUCGUCAAAACUGCUCCGGGAAAUGUGCGAACAAUAGACGUGGAGGAACCAAAAUCUAGAUCAGGAAUAUCAAAGGACCUUGUCUGUAACACUUGCAAUACAAAAUUUGCUACCCAAAAGACUCUGAGUGUCCAUCAGCGAUCAUAUCAUGGCUUUGAGCGGUACAUUUAUUGCUGUCCAAUCUGCAAGACCUCGUUCCUCAGCAUGUGGGCUGUCAUUAAACACUUGCAACGAUAUCAUAAGAAAACCAAGCAUCAGACUGAACGGUUACGCAAAGUGAUAAAGAAAAAUGUUGACAAGAAGAUGGUGUACCAGAAUGAAGACCACAAUGGGGAAUACUGUAACAUUAAUCCACUUAUAAAAACACAAACAUUUCAUGAUGAUGACGAAAUUGCAAAAGAAGAAUUAGAGAUGGAAAAUCAGCCAAGUAAAAUGGAAAUUGCAAGCCCUGCUAAGAGCUCCAUCAUUCCCAGUCCAAGAAAAUGCUCCUCUACAAAGUCACCUCUGAAGGGGUGGAGAUCCAAAGAGGGUGUGCGUUGGAUGUGUAAUGUGUGUCACAAGAUGUUCAUAACGAGAGCAGCGAGUUUAGCCCAUGUUGCGACUCACAUCAUUUGCAACUUUGAGCCCAAAGCUGUACUAGUCAACGUUGAAACUGGAGCACGUUUAAGGAACAGAAGAAGCAUUUGUGGAAACUACGGGAUAGAUUUCUUCCAUGAGACAAGUGACAAUGUUUCUGAUGACGUGGAAGAAUUAAAAGAGAUAGUGAUUAAAGAAAAAGAGUUUAAAAGUAAAAGAAAAAACAGGAAAAGUGUCCAGAGGAUUGCUAUAGAGGAACCAGUAUUGGAAAGGGCUGGACAGUAUACUGAUAGUGGUAGCCAUGAAAGGUCAAGUGAUUUUGUGUUUAGUGAGCGUAGUGAAAACCAAGAACAUUUUUCUGAUGAUGAAAAACCUAAAUGUGACAUGAAAUUCAGCCUUUCUUAUCUCUCUCAGGCUGAGAAAGAAAAAUUUAACCCUGUAUCCCAUAUUAAAGACGGUGUUAAAGUAACAGAUUCUAAAAGUAUUAUACGCAAGACGUUAACUUUGAGGAAAAAUGAAGCUCUAGAUAGUAAAGAAUUAGGCAAUAAUAAACGUGAAAAGGAAUGUGGUCCAGAAAGCUCAAAAGUAACAACACCAGUGGAAGAGUUGCCAAGUAUUCAGUUGGCAACUCCAACUAGGGUAUCAUCAGGAAAUAUUAUCCUCUCCGAGGACAUAGAUGAAGAUUUAGAAUGCUUGUUCAAGCCAUCGCUAAACUUUGUAACUAUUCCUUACCCUGACGAUAGGUGUUCAGAUGUGUCAUUUGUUAAAUCUAGUUGGGAAGCUCAGCCAGAAGAAGAUGUGCACAAAACGGCAACACAACUUCAUUUGUUUGAAGAAGAGUGGAGUCGAAGUACUACCCCUUCCGAGUCUGAGGGUGGGAAAGAGGAAAAUGAGCCAAUGAACCAUUUAAUUUUUUCUAAAGAUGAAUCUGAAGAUGAGAAUGAGAAAUUCCAAACUGUGCUGAUGUCUUCUGAAGAAAUGGAUGUAGACAAAGAGUCUGCAGUAAAGAUGGAAAUUAAAUCUGAAUCUAGUGUAGAUGAUUCAUAUCAAGCUAAUAAAGAAACUUUAUUGAAUAGAGGGUUGACAUCACAGACCUUGGGCAUGAGAAAGCAGCUUAGCUCGUUGGAGGACAACAAAGAGAAGAGACUGUCUUCCAACAGCAGUGCUUCUCCUGCAUUAGACCUUGUCACAGAACUGAAGCAAGAAAAAUCUGAAGAGAGAGAGACUAAUCCUAAGCAAGAAAUAAUGAGAACAGAACAGAUAUUGGUAACUGACAAGGAUUUAGUAGACAAAAUAAUAUUAGAUGGAAUUAUAAAUACAGAAAUGCAGGUCAAGGAAGAGCAUUUAAGGGAAAAAGUAAAUGUAAAAGAAAAUUUUUCAAUAGAUUACAUUACAGUGAAAGAGAGUGAGACGUAUAAAGAAUUGGUCAGGGAUUCUAAAGAUAAUAAAAGAUCAGAUCGUGGUGUCACUGUCUGUUGUGAAAGUAAAGCAGAUGACAAUGAUUACAAGAAUUUAGACAAGCAAGACCAGAACACUUACAGACUUUUGUCUGAAACUACAAAACAUGAAAAUAUAAAUAUUUCUCUGCCACAGGAGGCUAGUGAAAAGAUUGCUAUUUACCAACUGGGGGAUAUAGAAGAAACUUGUUCAGAACAUUCUCAGCAGGAAAGUUUUUCAGAGAAGUCUGUAAGGCAGUACAAAGGAGACUUAGAAGAAACUACUGAUGCACAAUAUAUACCCAAACACCCAGGUGGUGGGCAUAAUACCGAAAGAUUAGUACGUCCUAAAUGUUCCGAGGAGAGUAUUUAUGCAAACAUCUCUGCAGAACCACCUGCUGCAUGCAGAGACUUGAAAUCACCUAUAAAGAAUUUAUCUAAUAAUGAAAUUUAUGAGAGUUCUCCCAGUGAGCUAGAAAAGACUUCAGAAUCUUCAUUAUUAAACCAAACUAAACCUGCAACAUUUGCAUUAAAACCAAAAACUUAUUCAGUUUCUUUAACUAAAUCAAAAUCUAUGGGAAUGUCUGUAAUUCAUUCUGAAACAUUGCCUCCUGUAACCCAGUCAGAUUCUCCUCUCUCUGCAAUCCAGCCAAAUAUUUUAUCUGUAUCCACAUCCAAUGCUACAUCUCCAAAAUCUUCAGCAGCAUUUGUAUCCUUGCCAAUUUUGCCUCAGACUUCAGAAGAAUUAUCAUCUGAUCUGCAUUUGCCUCAUGUUUCAACAGCCUCAGAAAUAUUGACAAAAAUUAAUGCUCAUGAAACACACUGUCUAAAAUCAGAAGCAUCCCUGAAAAGUUUAACAUUGACGAAUGUUGAGUCUGUUGUUUCAACACUGGAACAAGACCUGCCUUUAGAUUCAGUAGUGCCAUGCACAUCUGCAUUGCUUUCUUGUUCAUCAACUGAAACAGCUGUAGUCACUACCCAAAGUAGUUGUCUAUCUUCAUCUUUUACUGUGCCCAAUGCUGGUAUUAACGCACAUGUACCGUAUCAGACAAAUACUUCUGCGCUGUAUACUCAGAACCACAAAAUUCCCCAAAUGCAGGUGGCAGACACAAAGAUUUCUGCCGGUUUGCCAUCUUUGGCUUGUACUGGUACUCUAGAAGCUGAACCUGAACUUCAAGCAACCAUAUUAACGGUUAUGCACACAAAACCUAUUAACACCAGUGUAACUCAACAAAAGGUUGGAUCUUCUGCCUUGUCUCCACCAAAAGGUAUCACUGCCACUAAUACUGAGACUAGAAUUACCACAACCUCACAAACAAUGGCUGGAUGUGUCAUGACACAACCCAAAAUUGGUGUUGCCUCUGUUUCACAGCCCAAAACUCUUUCUGGGUCUGGUAUCCAGGUCAGAACUCUCACUGCAUCAGCACAAUCUACAACUGCUGCCACUACACCUAUACCCCAGCCCAAAAGUACCACUGCAUGUAUAACCCCACCUAGAAAUACAUCUCUGACCCAGCAUAGAACUGCCACUGUGUAUGUGACCCAACCCAGAACCACCACUGUAUCUGUGACCCAACCCAGAACUAUCACUAAAAGUGUGACCCCACCUAGAACUACCACUACAUGUGUAACCCAGUCUAAAACAAUUACUACAUGUGGGACCCAGCCUAGAACAGUCACUACAAUUGUGACUCAGCCAAAAACUACCACUACAACAGUAACCAAACCAAUCACUUCCAUUAUAUCGUUGUCCCAUCCAACAAAUUUGACAACAUCACUGACCCAUCCAAUAACCUCCAUCAUAUCAUUGGCUGAUUCUAGAGCUAUCGUUUCAUCUUUGACCCAUUCCAGCACUAAUAUUGCAUCAGCAACUCAGCCCACUGCUACCAUUACAUCUACACUUCAACCGGGAACUACAACUGUCACUGUAGCUACAUCCCAGUCCAAGAUAAACAAUGUAGUGCUGCCCAGAGCUGCUAUUGCAUCUGAGUCCCAACCAACAACUACCAUUGAAUCUGCUACUGAGCUCAGAAAUACUGUGGUAUCUGAGAAUCAGCCUAUUACUACCACUGCAUCUCUUACUCAGGCUAAAACUAACAUUACAUCUGUGAUCCAAGCCAGAAGUUUCAGUGCACCAGUAACCCAGCCAAGACCUGUCACUGCAUCUUUUCAGCCUGUAAAAAUCACCGAAUCUGUGACCCAGCUUGAGGCUAAAGUUGGAUCUGCUACUUCUCCCGGAACUACAGUUGCAUCUACAUCCCUAUGUAAAAGUACCACUACAACAGUUACCCAGCCCAAAACUAACACUAGUUCAGCAUCUCUUGCCCAUCAAAGAGUUACUGAUCAAUGUGCAAAUAAAGUUACACCAUCUACUAUUUCCUCAACUCGUGCCAUAACCACAGUUGUGCCUGCAACUCCUCCAAAGACUGUUCUUCCUCCUUUAAAUCAAGCAAAAGUGUGUACUCCUGCAGUUAUACAGCCAAGAUCUGCUGUAUCUGUAACUUUAGGAAAAACAAACAUGGAAGCCAAUAACCAGCCAGUGAAAAUGAGAGAUGUGGAAAUUAAUUUAAGUCACGAUGUUUCUGAUAAGGUAGAAUGUAGACCCAAGAUCCCCAGUGAAUAUCCAACUAGCAAAAUCCUUAACAUUCAUGGAAAUGAAGAUGAAGAGUAUGCCUGUUUUAUGACAAAUAAAAAAAUAAGUGAAAGCAGGCUAACAGAUUUAGAAAAAAAAGAUGAAAUCUCUGAUAAAGAUAAUAUAAUACCUGAUUCUCAAAAUACAUUACUGUCCACUUCUAGCAAAUGGUCUGAAGAUUUUGUAGCAACAUUGGACAAUUGUAGUGAUGUUUCAGAUACAUUAAAAUGCAUGUCGGUGUGUAUUGAACACAACAGGACUGGAGAUACUAUAGUGCUGUCUGAGACUUCUCAAAAUCCUGACACACCUGCUAGUAACACAGUCAGCAGUGAAGAUAAUGCAGGAUGUUUGAAACACGGAGCAGAAAAAAUCACAGAGAGCUUUGAAAUAGAAUGCAAAAAAACAGAAAGUUCCGCUUGUGGUAUGGAAAAUCUGAAGCCAAAAGGGAGCAAAAGAACUAGUGAAGGUAAGCUUAAAUUAGAAUUUGAAGGCUUUGAUGCACUAAACAUAGAAGUUAAAGCUAAAGAAAAAUAUGAGAUGUUGCAAAUGGAAGUCUUAAAAGUUGUUAAUCAAUCUGUUAAGGAGUUUGGGAAGCAUUCUACUUCCCAAAUACAGCCAAGCAAAUCAGAUUAUAACCUCAAAGAUAAGUUUAUGCUCUCAGAGUCAAAAUCAUCAUAUCCUGUAAGGAGCCUGCCUAAUGUGCAAACAUAUAGAGGUGAUGACCCAUUGUCAACAAAGUUUACAGAGAAACAGAAUAACCAAAGAAAUGACCACAAUAAUGUGGAAUCUUGUGCAGAAGCGGCAAGUCAUCUUAAUGAUAGUCACACAAGUCAGUGUUUAACGCAAGAGUUUGAUCUCAACAAAGAACUGGAAAUGAAUUCUGAAAAACACAUUACUGUAGAAAGUGCAACUUCCAGCAAACUUAGUUUAAAUGCAAAAACUAUUUCCCAUGUUAAUUCGAACACAAAUGAAAGUGAUGACACAUCAAAACUGAAUGCAAAGAGAUGCCUUACAACUGCAUCAGCACAGUCAAGAUUUAAAAAGAGAGUGAGAGAGCAUGAGUGUGUUGAAGGUGGUUAUUACAAUUUGAAGGCAGAAAGUCAAUUAUCAGAUAUGAAUAUGACAAAGAAGUCAAGGUAUAUAGGACAGCAAAUUGAUACACAGCAAACAUCAGUAUGUAAUGAAGCUUUUGUACAAGAAUUCAAGCCUCCAGAUGAAACUGAAGAUAAUGAUAUUGAAAACAAGUAUGACAAUGCCACUUCUGAAAACAAACUUUAUUCAUAUUUCAGUGAAGAUGAAGCCUCAGAAGAAAGCGUACUCAAGAAAAUGAGAGAUGAUUGGACCCACCUUCCCACAAGCCCACAGUGGCGCUGGAGGAGGAAAGAUAAAAAUAAAGAACUGUGGAAACUAGUAAUGACUACUAAGGCAACAGUUAUUUCUAAGAAAGUAUCACAAACUGACAGAUCUGGCAUUAGCAGAGUAGAUGAAGCUCAAAAGGAAUCACAACUUCCUGGAACAUUGGAAAACACAGAUCUAAAAAUGCAAGGGGAAUUUUUUUCUGGCUUUCCUGUACAAUACAAAGUGACAGGCAAGAAAAUGAAGGAAGGAUAUUUAAAUGAAAAGAAAGCCAGUAUCACUAAUGAAGUACGUGACAUUUCUUCUCUUGAUAAUACAAGAAGAAAGAUUGUACCAAAAGAUAUUGAAUUACACAAAGAAUCUAUUAGCAAAGACUUACCCUCAUUCUCCAGGCAAGAAGAAAGCCAAAGUAUUUCAACUGUUUGUAGCGAGUCAUUGUAUAAGCCAUCAUCUUCCACACAAAAUAUUCUGGAUCUGAGGUUGCUGGAGACUGAGAGUUCUGACCAUCUCAGCACAACUCACGGCGGGACUACAUUUGACGAAGCUUCAGUAAUGCAUGAUCCGACAACAUUUGGUGAUCUGAGCUAUGAUUAUGAUCUACACUGA